UCACAUGCAAAAACAACGGUUUCUUGAUCGAAUUACAUACUGUUUGAGAAAAUGAUGAUGAUGGAAGUCGACAUCUUGUCCAAAGAAAUCAUCAGACCAUCCUCACCAGCAGUUCAUCAUUUGAAAUCUACCAAACUCUCUCUCUUGGAUCAGCUCACUCCCACAACUUAUGCUCCACUCAUGCUUUUUUACCCUAAUAAGACCCAUCCUCACUUCACGACACCCAAAAACUUAUCUGCUCACUUAAAAUAUUCUCUCUCAGAAACAUUGAAUCGCUUCUAUCCCUUUUCAGGAAGGAACAAAAACAACUUCUUUAUUGAUCAUUACGACGAAGGCGUUCCAUACAAUGAAGCUCGAGUUCGUUGUCGUAUGUUUGACUUCUUUCAACAUCCUGAAACGGAGUCGUUGAACCAGUUUCUUCCAUGCCAUCCAUUUCGCAAAGAACCAAAUCCUGCAGAAGCGGCCCAAUUUGCUGUUCAAGUGAACAUAUUUGAUUGUGGUGGAAUAGCAAUCGGCCUGUGCAUGUCACACAAGAUCAUGGAUGGAGCCACCGCGAGUGCUUUCCUCAACUCUUGGGCGGCCACGGCAGGUACUAGGCCUUCUAAAAAACUAGUACAACCUGAUUUUUCUGAAGCAUCAUCGCCAUUACGCUUUCCUCCACAAGAAGAUCCUUUAUUGCUUCAAAGUUUGGCAUCUUUAGUUGAGGGUCUUUGGUUCAACGAGGGCAAGUACAAGACAAGGAGAUUCGUCUUUGGUGAAAAGGCUAUAUCUACUUUAAGGGCUAAAGCAAAGAGUAAAAGAGUUGAUAACCCAAGUCGAAUCGAAUCACUGUCUGCUUUUAUUGCUGCACGUACCAUGGCUACUUCUUCAGGCUUUGCGAGGCCAACUAUACUAGCCCAAGCAGUAAACAUCCGGCGACUAACAAAACCACGCUUUUCAGAUUCUUCUAUGGGCAAUCUCUUUUUGUUGGCAUUUGCAGCGUGUGAUCAGAAUUCAGACUCAGUAGAGAUGGAGAUAGAACUGCCUGGAUUGGUGGCAGCACUAAGAGAGGCCGUGGAGAAAAUCAAUGGCGAUUAUCUUAGGUCUAUGCAAGGUGAUGAAGCUUUUCUAGCCAAUUGCGAAUACCUAACCAAGGCUGCUGCAAUGGUAUUUCGCCCCAAGGAAUGUCAAGACUAUUUCCGGUUCACCAGUUGGAUCAAGUUUGGUUUUAAUGAACUUGAUUUUGGAUGGGGGAAGCCCAUUUGGGUUGGGGUUCUGGGUGGAGUUGGUCCGGAAUUCAGGAAACUCACAAUUUUUAACCAAGUCCGAAGUGGCAAUGGAAUUGAGGCUUGGGUGACUUUAGAUGAAAAAGAGAUAGAUAUAUUGGAGAAUGAUCCUGAAUUCCUUGCCUUUGCAACCCCGAACCCGAGCGUUUAGGUCAGUAAGGCUACAUCUUUAAUUAUAGCCCUUUAUUUUUAAAAAUAUUCUAGUCACAAAAAAAUAUAAUAAAAAUAAACUUAUAAAUUAAUAAAGUUUAAUGUAUUACGUCAUAUUAUAAAAUACUUUUAUUAAAAAAUAUAUCUAACGUAUGACAUGAAACUGAGUGAUCAAUUCAUAAAUUUAUUUUGUAGCUAUAAUACUUAUCUAUCUUUUUACAUGCAAAUCAUAUAUGUUGGGUACCAUAUUGCAUAUGUACUACUUGUAUUCAAUAAAGCUCAUUAGUGAGGUAGA